UUGAGGGCUGACAGAGUGUGUUCAUACAUGUAGGGGAAGGGGAGAGCGAGGCAGAGUGUGUGUGUGUGUGUGUGUGUGUGUGUGUGUAUGUGUGUGUGCAUGUCACACACAACCAGACGUUGGUGCCUCAGCAGAAGAGGAAGAGAGAGCAGAAGCUGCUGACAAACACAUUAUAAUGUUACUUUGUGUUGUGGAUUUAAAGGUGUUUGGAUUAUCAAGUCACUGGAUUGUAAAUCACAGGACGGAGCCUGGAGAUCAUGGAACAUGCAAGUGCUGUCUCAGCACUGGCUAACCAAUCACAGUCCAGCAACUUCUCCCUAGUCCCUGAUUUGACGGCAAGAUCUUCAGAGUACAGUGAUGCAGAGCUGGUGCUGCUGGGUGUUGCAAUGGCCAUCCUGGUUCUGGCCAUAGUUUUUGGUAACGUGCUGGUGAUUACAGCCAUCCUGCGGUUCCAGCGACUCCAGACAGUCACCAACUUCUUCAUUGCCUCACUGGCUGUUGCCGACCUCAUAAUGGGUUUGGUUGUGGUGCCCUUUGGCUGCAGCUACAUACUGUUGGGAGCUUGGCAGUUUGGAAACUUCAUGUGUGAAUUCUGGACAGCAGCUGAUGUGCUGUGUGUGACGGCCAGCAUUGAAACCCUGUGUGUGAUUGCUCUGGACCGCUACCUCGCCAUUACCUCACCGCUCCGCUACCCAACGCUACUCACCAGAGGUCGAGCCUUUGCAGUGGUCCUUGGGGUUUGGGCAGUGGCCUCCCUCAUUUCCUUCCUUCCCAUCCAUCUGAAGUUGUGGGUUUCAGAUGAUGAGGAAGCUCGUCAGUGCUUGGCCAACGAGCACUGCUGUGAUUUCAACACCAAUGCAGCAUAUGCAGUGUCCUCCUCAAUUGUGUCCUUCUACCUGCCGCUGGUGGUGAUGAUCUUCUUGUAUACCCGGGUCUUCCAGGAGGCUCAGAAGCAGCUGGAGAAGAUCAGAGGGAGGGAGAGGCACUUCUAUAACUUGCAUUACACUGCACAGCUGACUUAUCCCGAUGAUAGUCCAGUGAUGAAUAAACUCAGAGUAGGAAGGGAGGUGGGAGAACAAGCAGGAGAAGACAGAUUAAACAUGCAGAAAACAGGAGAUACUGACAUGGGUAAGGAGGAAAAGUUAGCAGAAAGCAGAGCAAGGACAGACAAAGGGGAAGGAAAGCACUCUGCCACAAAGCGUCUUAAGUUCUGUCUGAAGGAGCACAAGGCUGUGAAAACUCUGGGGAUCAUCAUGGGAACCUUCACAAUUUGUUGGCUACCCUUCUUCAUCCUCAACAUACUCAUGACCUUCCUCAACUUGGGUGACAUUAGGCUGCUCUUCAGACUCCUCAACUGGCUGGGAUACUCCAACUCAGCCUUCAACCCGCUCAUCUACUGCCGUAGCCCUGACUUCAGGCACGCCUUUCAGGAGAUACUCUGUUUGAGGGGCAAAAGGGGGAGCUUGGGAGGAAGGAGAGGAUGGGGAUGGUGCAGGGAGAGAGAAUGUUACUCCAAGCCCCCAGGCAGGAUGAAAGAGAACUCAGACCUGAAUGGUGUCAGGGGGCUGGACGCUCAGCAGAGGUCAGGAUGGAAAGACAGUUUGGAAAGCUCUAUUCAAGACAGCUCACUAAAUUUGGCUCCUCAGGCCUCUUGCUGUGAGCAGGUUUUAGAAGUUGCUCCUGGUUCCCUGACAAACUGGCAGGCCAACAAUUCUGCUAACGGAAGCUGUAAGGAAAGUCUGGCUUCAAUCGCUUGACCAAUUAGGAUUGAAGACUUUACAGUGUUUUUGCAUUGCCGUGCUGUGAACAUCAAUUUGAUGAAGCUCAGAAUGUUUGUUUUGGGUUGAGACUUUAGCUUCUAAUUUUGUUACUUAAUAUUCUGUUUAUUUCAGUCAAUGUUACUGAUAUUUUUUGUGAAUGAAAUAUAUUAGAAUGGGCACAAUAAGGCUGGAUUACAACCUCACAAUGCAAAAGUAAACAAAAUGUAUAGCCUGAAUAAUAAUGAUAUCAGACCAGGAAGACUAAAAAACAGAAAUUAUAACUGCAUAUUUAUUAUUUGCUAAUGAAAUAUAGACAAAGACAGGAGUAAAAUGUUGACGAACAAUUUUGCUGUUCCAUGUCAAAGGUUGAUAAUGAAAUUCCAAAAUGCUCCUUUACUGAAGCGGUAAAAUAGGAAAAUCCUUUUUAUACCAGACCCUGACUGAUGGGUUUGGGGGACUGAGGUCCCCAUAAGAAAAUGUUCUUCUUAUUUUUCUUAAAGCACCUGAAAAUUUUUAUUUAAGCAUUUUUCUUUCUUCUAUGUGUAAUCUUUAUGACAAAAUAAGCAACAAUCAAAGUUUAAAAAUAUGUUUUAGGUAUCAUUUAGCAAGAGCAUUACAACUGAAAACUCGGCUAAUUCAUGAACAGCUGUGCUUGCAGUUACUAUUUUUAAUGCCAUUAUCUUCAAAUCACAAGUUAAUUAUUCAAUUAUCUCGAGGAAACAAGUUGUUUUCUUGUGGAAAUGGGUUCAUUUAUGUCAAUUCUCAAGAAAAUAAAAGACCAUUUUUUAGAGACAAUAAGGUAAUUUAUCACAAGCAAACAACUUACUUAUCACAAGAUAAUUAUGGCUAACUCGAAAAUAAGGGUCUGGUUCCGCGGUCACAUUACUGGGAGGGAGGAUUCAUAACAAUUUCUGCCUGUGUUAGACCUCGACUGAUGUACAAUCUGAUAUGUUGUUCAGUAAUAGGUACUCCUUGAUCUGAUAUUGUCAAUUUGAAUCAGUGGCUUCAGUUGUCAGGACGACCUCCAUGCAUGCUGAAACGGCAUUCCUGAUGACAAACACAAGGCCAAAACACACUGAUGGUGAAUGCUGAGCUUCAAUAAAUACGCCCCUACCCUCUCCUACCAGCGGCACCAAGAUGUGUGCCGGCACUCCUGGAUGCACUGCCCCACUGCACUUUACGCCACUGUCCUAUUCCAGCCUGGCUGCCCCCAGAAUAAAUGCAUUUUCCCCCCACUAACUGUCUGUUUGUACAUACCAGUUCCUGUAGCAGCUCUUUUUCUUUGCUCCCGUGGCAGCUCAACUCCUCUCCUCACCACUGAAGCAAAGAGAACUCUGUUGCUGUCUUGUGUGAGACAAAGAAUGGAUGGGGAGAGACAUGUUGUUGAAAUUGAGAAAUAUUCCGAGCUAAACAACCCACAGUUCUGACAUUAUAAAGACAAUGGUAAAAAGAUAUUGCCUGAGGAGUCAUAGCUCUGGUGACUGGCUCUUCAGGUGAGAAAUCAACUUUAAUUGGUGAGUGUCCACACAUGCUUUUAAGCUACUGCAUAGAUGCAGAUCUUUCAGUAAAAGUAGUAAGAACUUUACGUGUUCAUCUAUUUAAGAGCUGCAGUGUGAUGUGUCAUGACACACCACACAGCAGCGGCGCCAGGGUGUUUGCAGCAUAAGAAAAAGGACAAAACGACCUUUUGCUUCCUCAUCAUAAUAAGUUGAUGAUCUCAUUAUCUCAAGAUAACAAAGGUCAUUUUCUUGAGAUAACAACACUAUUAACUUGUGAUCUUGAGAUAACGGCGGAAAACAAAAUGCAAGCAAGGACAUUCUCGGCUUCCAUUGAAAUCACUUAUGCAAACUAACUAAAAAACCAACCCAAUCACCGGAAAAGAUGUUGGCAAUGAACGCUGGAUACGUUACAUAUACACAUUGUUAUGUAGCAGAUAAAUUGGAAACUUACAUUUCAAGUUUCAAAACGCUGUGGUUAAUGUGUAGUUAGGGUUAGGCACAAAAACCACCUGGUAAUGGUAAGGAACAGACCACGUUUUGGCUUAAAAUACCCCAUUUGGAAGGCACUAUCUUUCCAGGAAAAGGAGCUAUUUCUCGGUAAAAAAAACAAGGGCUUUUUGUGAUACCAAGUCCGACGACAAGUCCCAACAAAACACCCACACGUGGAGCCUAAAAGCCAAUGGAAACACACCCCCAGUCGCUACAAAAACAAUAAUACUUGGAGCUGAACAGCUGAUGGAUACACACCAACAGGUCGCAGUAAAAUACCCAUGACUGAAGCCAUAAAACACAAACGCUUAUGUUACUUGUUGGUCUCGAACAGAAAUCUGCAGUUUGGCAAAUGUGCAAAUGUAAUAUUUUCGUGAUAUGCAGGAACCUAUGAGACUGGGCUGCUUAAACUAACUUUGGCCGAAAAUUGUGCGUCACUGUAGGAUCCCACAUCGCAUAGUAAAAAGCUGAAGAGAAAAAAAAAACAGUUUUCAGACCUUUAAGUGAACUUUAAUGACCAUUUAGUUAGGAUCUUGCAAAGCUUCCACAUUACUGAAGCCUCUGCAGUCUAAAACACACACAGGCCAUAUGAUACACAUCAGAAUUAUCAUUGUCAUUUUCUACACAAACCCAUAAGCCAGUAAGCACACGCAGGACUUUAGCGUCUCAAGCCCAUGCUGCACAAUCAGCCAAAACCUCUGGGAAGCAGAGAUUAAAAAAUACAUUUUGUUUUGCCCUGUGGCUAAAAGUCUUAUUUGAAACAGAGGGACUCAUUUGAGGCUCACUUAUCAAAACCUUCUUAGAUAUUUGUUUUUCAUUCCUUCCUGAUAAACCUCACAGCUGGUCCAACCUCAUUUACUGGUGUAUAUUUGUCUAAGAGAUAAACAUCUGAGACCCAAACUUGUGACUAUCAUAACUUUCUCUUCUUGUGUUCGCUUUCUUUGAACGCGUAUUCACUCGAGAUAAGUUCCCUCUCUGUAUUUCUCCAAACAUCAGCAUCUACCCACUCUUUGCUUUCAUCCUGUCUGCUUUAGCUCUCUGUUAUAGUGAGAACAUUGGAAUCUGUCAGACAGAGCUGGGGAGAUCAUUUUCAUGCAGUGGGAUUGGUUUUCAUAACAUUGCCUGUCACACUCACUGUAAAAACGUAGCAGUCAGAUUACACAUAUUUUAAGUGCUUACUUUUAUACAUGAGUUAUGAAUUGUGUUUGGAUUAGAUGACGAUGAUAAAGUAGCUGACAUACAUUGUAUCCAUAGAGACGAUGUACAGUCAGAUACAAAUUACAAAAUAGAGUAAUCUCCCCAGCUUGUAUAUGUAUGGAUAAAUGUUUAAUUUAUGUGUGUGAAAUGUCUCUAAGGUAUUGAGGGUUAGUAAUUGGCAGUUGUGUGAAGUAAAUGUGUUGUUUUGUCUACUUGUGAUAUCAUUAGUUGCUGUUUCUGCAUUUUAAAGCUUGAAUCAUGCCCUUGAAUGUUUGUUAUUUACUGUAUUGUGUAUGAGACUUGGAUUAACAUUUGAAUACUGUUGUUGUUGUUUUUUAUUCUAAAUUCAAUAAUUCAGUAAUUUAUCUGGUUCUUGAGAAAGAACCAAAUUGUUUUAAAGGUCCAGUGUGCAGGAUUUAGGGGGAUAUACUGGCAGAAAUGUAAUAUAAUAUAAGAUGUUUUCUUUAGUGUAUAAUCACCUGAAAAUAAGAAUUAUUGUGUUUUCAUUGCCUUUCAAUGAGUCGUUAAUAUCUACAUAGGGAGCAGGUCUUCAUCCACAAAGAAUGCCAUAUUGAACCGCUAUGAUUCUACAGUAGCCCAGAACGGACAAACCAAACACUGGCUCUAGAUAAGGCCAGUUUUCACAGCCACUGUAGUUAGUAGCCACUCUGCCCGGCACGUUCUCACUCCGACCUUGUCACAUAUCGGCGUUGGGUCAUUGACUUUCCACGUCCAGAUACAAUAUGAAAGGUACCCUGGGUGUGUUGGUGGUUGACAUCCUGGGAUGCCAAGAUCUGCCUGUUACAUGCAUUGUCUUCUUUCAAAAUACACUUCUGUUUUCAAAAUAAAGUACUAUGUCGGUACAACACUGCAAAUUGACCAUUUUUUUCCUCCAACAACUAACACACAACAUUGGGUUCAGGCAACAAAUACAUGUGGAUGGGUUUAGGAAAAAAGAACAGGGUUUGGCUGUAUAAUCUUAUGGGACAAGAACACUGCUCUCCUGAGUCAAAGUCAGUGUUUGUUGGACCCAUCCACCAACCCUCCCGCCGACCCUACUCAGACUUUUGCCACCUUAACUUUUGUUCUUAUCCCGCCACGUUUCCCUCUGACCCCGCCGAGGCGACUGGCCACAUAUAACGCCCACGUUAAAGGACGGCUGUCUCUUUCCAAAAGUCACUGCCCAAGCGCCAGAUUCCGAUGACCUCAGAGUGAGGGUUGCUCUACCACAAGAGCACUGGAAAACACUGAUUCUUUUUAACUUGAAUCUGCUUUACUCAGUGUUUUGACCAGUUUAAAGCACCGUGUCUGUUUGUUUCUGAAAAGGAAGAGACCUCUGUGGAUAAUUUGGCUCCUGGUAAAAACCUCCUGAAAGUUUGGUUAAGAUAUAAGGUGAGCACACAUUAGUAAAUGUUGUGACGUGUCAAACAGCAUAGGAGAAACAGCUUUAUUUAAUGUUUCAACUGGUCUCAGUCACCUGGUCUAUUUGUUUUGGAGAGGAAGAGACCUCUGCGGACAAUUUGGCUCCCGGUAAAAAUCAUCUGAACAAUAAACACUGAAGGAAUUAUAACCAGGAGAGGUUUAAGCUGGUUGCAAUCUGCAUUCUUCACUGCAAUAUGCCACUAAAUCCCCCUAAAUCUUACAUACUGUUCCUUUUAUGUGUGUUUUGUAUCAUGUCUGUUAAUAUGUGUGGAGUUUAAACAGCACUGAAACACAAGUCUACUCUCAAAACAAGUCAUUUUAUGUUAUACGUGUCUGUCUGGGACGACAAUUGCUUUGUUGAACCUGAAAGUUUUACAGUGUGUAGCUUUUCACCAGAGGAGCAGAUUCUUCUUUCUACCUCCAUCAGACUCACAUGAAUGUCAUCUCAUCUCUGUAAAUAUUUAUUCAUACUCUGUUGGAUAUUUUUUGUGAGUAAAAGAAUGAAGUUUGACAUUGUACUGUUUAAAUCUGUCACUUAGCUAUGGGUGUGUCGGUGUGUGAUCACAGGAGAGAAGCAGAGAAACGUAAGAAAAAGAGGAAGAUGUGCUGAACAUAGCAGCAAACAAAUGAAGUCCAAUUUAGUUUAAUAUAUGUAGCACAACUUGCUUUCUAACAAACAACCUGAUGGAAUUUGGGCCAAACAAGCAUGAUCAUUUCGCUAACUUUGUGAUUUGUCGUCAAUAAAAUUAUACUCUUAUAUUCUUCAGUUAGAAAUUACCAGUAAAUCCAAUGUUUUUGAUGCCACUUGUAGAUUUCAUUCUUGAGAGAAAACAGUGGUGCAGAUACAGUUUGUUUGAAUGGAUGCUAAUCUGAUUCUUCCUUUAAACAGUGCCAACUCCUGCAUUGCAGUUUUUUUGUCUUAGCAUUUGCACAUACCGACAGAAUUUCUGAUUUGUCAAGUUGGCAGCUGGGUUAAAAAACAGACCAUGAGCUGCAUGCUGUUGACCAAGCAAAUGUAAUCUCAUGUGGCAUGUAAGAAAUUAGUGUAACUCUGGAAAAGAUGGAAAAACAUUAUCUCAAAAGGCUCUUUGUCAACAAAUAAAAUGAGAUCAGGAAAUGUGAUUCUAUUUGCACCGCAACUUUAACCUUUUAAACGAAGCCCGCGGAACAGAGACUUUUUGUGCUUGUUCAGUCAACCAGACUCGGCUUCCCUGUUUGCAUUCAAGUUAAAGUGUGUGUGUGUGUGUGUGUGUGUGUGUGUUUGUGAGGCAGGACGUACAGUGACAGGUGCGGGCGGUCACAGCGGCUAUCAGCUGCUGCAGAGGAAAUACAAUCAGCUAUACUGCCUCAAUACACACACAGCGUUACGGGUCGAUGGGAAAACACACUGAGCACGUUGUGUGCAUGUCUGUGAAUGUGACUUGUUUCCAAUUUCGGUAUGUACUUGUUGCGUGUCAUAUGUUUGUUGUUUCUAUAAGUGUCUUGUCUUUUUUUAAAUUUGUGUUUGUUUUAAGUAUUAAAAUCUGCCAACAGAUUGUCUUCUGGAUGUUUGCAAGUUCUGUGGAUUGUGUCUUUCGUUAUUUAACACCAAGCGCCUUUACUGAAGUCUGCUGCACCUGCAAGCUCAA